AUGAUCAAGAAGACUUGCGCCAUGCAGAUCGGAACGUCCAUGGACAAUAUGAGGCAGGAAUUGGUACCUGCUAAACGAGUCGCUCUGGAUAAGCCAUCCAAAAGGCUUGCAAGAAAUGAAGUACUCAAAUUUCAGCCUCCUGAUGUAGUCAAAUCUUUGCCGGACCGCCUCCGUAGGAAAAUCCUGGAGAUCUGGGAGGAGCGCGAUCCGGAAGGGGACUGUUUCCAGCAGCAACGACGAACACGUCUGAUAUUGCUGAACCUGCCUCCUUCAAUGAGAAAGUCUCUUCGUCCGAAGGCCCUUCAGUGCUCGCUUCCUCAUUUCAUCGAUCGUCUUGAAUGGGAUCUACAGGUUCGCGUACAAAUACGUAUUAGAUUUCAAACUAAUCAUCGUCGAGUCUAG